AUGUCGUCCUCGGGCUCAUCUUUUACUUCCUCGUCGCUCGGUCGCCCACCAACAUACGGACGAACAUACGUCAGUCCGGUUGAUUCAACCUGGACUCCCACCUCCGGCAUAUCAACCAUUUCUGCUCCGACCACCGAGGGGUCGGGAACUGGGACCUCGGUACUCGAUUUGGGACCCCCAGGUUUCCAAGCAACAAUAAUUCUCUUUCAAGAUACUCCCGACGAACGAGUCGUUUACCUGGGGCCUUGGGAAGUGGUGGGUUCUGAGCAGCGCCGUGUUCUGUGGCAGGGUAGCUAUCAGAACGAAUUGCUCGAACACUUCUUGCCCUCUGACACACCCUCCGACAUAUAUCCUCAUACCCUCCACUCGCGCCAUCGCCCGUACUACGACCCUUCAGACAUGGAAAGAUAUCUCACGUUUCAGGAACCUCACCGGAUUCGAUACACAACGGAUGAAGGUGUUUGUAUACAUGACCAGUACGUCACGAUCAGAUAUGAGUUCACGACAGUCGAGAGCUCUAUUCAAUUUCAGGGAGAUUUGCGCAGGAAGGACCUAGUUGAUUUCUAUGACGUCGACGUCGUUUGGACAAACGUCCAUGGGCGCACAGAUGGCUUCGGCAAAGUGAAGGGGAUCGGUGCGAUUCAGAGACUCAAGUUGUGGAGGGAUCGAUAUACCACUUUCCACUCCCUCAGCGUGUGUGCGAAUAAGACGGAUGGCCAAUACCGAGAGUAUGAUAUUCACUCGUUCGAUGGGGAACUGCGUGGAAGGGACGAUCGCGCAAAACAACUUCGACUCAAUGCGCCUGGCAGGCGGCAUACUUCGGGCGACGAUCAGCACUCACACCGACGCUUUUCACUACCGCAUCGUAUGCGAUCUCGAACCAGAACGAACGAUUCCUCCGAGCCAAGAUCAUUGCAGCAGCCGACUCUCGACAUACGAUAUCUGGCCAUCCAAUUUACUGAGCGUCAAGAUUUUGCCGGGACAUUCUCCCGAUUUACCGGUAUCUGGAUGGCCGAACCAUAUGCUCGAAUCGGUGCCAGAACCCACGGAUGCGGCCGAAGCUACGCCUUGAAAGGUCAAAUCCGAGUCAGAUGCCAUAUCAGUAUCCUCGACCAGUUGCACCACCGGGACGAACCACAUGCUCGUGCUGCAACAACGGGGAAAUGCUCGGGGCGCCCCCACACCGACUCUGAAGACCCCGCGGUGCCUGGAUCAUGCCACGGAGCUGUGUCGUCAUUGAGAUGCACAACCCGUCAUGAAUGGAAGCAUUGCUCACUGCUGCCACUGCCCCUGCUCCUGAUACACACUCAACACCAAACCAUUGACCCCUUCCACGUCGCUCCAUCGGUCAUGAAGGUCAUUCUCGCUAUCAACGCCGGCUCCAGCUCGGUCAAGAUCUCGGUUUACACUGCAGAUAAGAAUGCGGAACCGCAUCAAAUCGCAGAAGCCUCAAUUGGGGGACUGACUGCCCCGCCAGCAACGCUUGCUUACACGCGUCGCGGUGAGAAGGUGGUCAAGGCCAAAGAGGUUGCUGAUAGCGUCAAGAAUCAAGAGGAUGCUUUCGAUCUUCUCCUCAAGACAUUCAUUGAUGACAAUGAACUUAAGGAGAUCUCUUCAAAGGAGGACAUUGCCAUCGCCAGCCAUCGCAUUGUUCAUGGCGGAGACUACGAUCGGUCUCAAGUCAUUACCCAAGAUGCUUAUCACCACCUUGAAGAACUCAGCGACCUGGCACCACUCCACAAUGGCGUCGCCUUGAGCAUCGUCGAUACUUGCAUCAGCGCGCUACCAAAGACCAUCAACGUUGCCUGUUUCGACUCACAAUUCCAUACAACUAUCCCUCCGCACAUCUACACCUACCCUAUCGACCCAAAGAUCGCGAAAAGCAAUCGCUUGCGCAAGUACGGAUUUCACGGUAUCAGCUAUGCAUUCAUAACAAGAGCCGUGGCCCAGUAUCUUGAAAAAGACGUCAAUAGCUUAAACAUGAUCGCUUUGCACCUUGGUAGCGGUGCCAGCGCCUGCGCCAUCAAGGGCGGCAAGAGCUGGGACACGAGUAUGGGGCUGACACCUCUGGCGGGCCUUCCUGGUGCGACUCGAAGCGGCAGUGUUGAUCCUAGUCUCGUCUUCCACUAUGCCUCAGAUGUGGGGAAACUCUCCCCUGCAUCCACCAAACAUCUUCACAUUUCACGGGCUGAAGAGAUCCUCAAUAAGGAGAGCGGCUGGAAGUCCAUGACGGGUACGACCAACUUUGGCGUAGUUGCCGAGUCAGACGAGCCCACCCACCGCCUGGCCUUUGACAUCUUUGUCGAUCGCAUUGCCGGCUUUGUCGGCUCUUACUUUGUAACCCUCGAGGGACGCGUCGAUGCUUUGGUUUUUGCUGGCGGCAUUGGAGAGCACAGCGCUAAGCUUCGAUCCGCUGUUGUCGAGAGAGUUGCCUGCUUAGGCUUUGCCCUCGAUGAUGCUUGUAACCAGGAACCCAUCGAGGAUGUGGUUCAGGAACUCGGCAAACGCGAUGCCAGCCAGCGGGUGCUAGUCUGUCAGACAGAUGAGCAACUGGAGAUGGCCAGAUUAUGUGCAGAAAAGGAGGAUAUAUGGGAAUAG